AUGGCGGGUCGAUCCUACUGGUCGUGGCGCUUCUGGAUGUUCAUGCGGCGCCAACGAGCGUACUUUGAGCCGAUGGCCAUCCUCGAGGCGUCUGUCUCCAUUUUGUCGGGCGUGCUGCUGUGGAUCGGCUUCUGGGACGCCACAUCGUACAUCAUCGCCUUCAUGCACGCCGACCACUGGGCGGCGCGGGUGCUGCUCAUCCUGGGCGGCGUGGUUGGCCUCUUCCUCUCUCGCACGCUGUAUGACAAGCAGAUGCUGCAGGCGAUCCGCGCCGCGCGGCCCGACUCCGCCGCCCUCCAGUCCUUCCCCUCUCGCGCAAGCGGCCAGCCGAUGCUCGGCGCCGGCCUGGCCAUGGAGAGGGUCCGGCCGGCUGCAGAGCUGGUCGCGCGGCUGGAGACGCCGGCGGAGGGGUUUGGGAUACCGGUGGAGGGGUCCGGGCAGCCCGGACCGAGCUCCACCGGGAGCGAGGGUGAGAUCGGACGCAUCGUCUUCGUCUCGCCGAGUGACAGUCCUCAGAGCGAGGCGGGGCAGCCGGGGCCGCCGGCUCCGGUGCUGGCGCUCCGGACCGCCGCGCAGCCAAAGGCACACGCGCCGCCGGCGGGAGUACCGCCCUCCGCCCGCCAGUACUUCCGCGCGCCAAGAUUCGAGCUGUCCAAGUUUUGCCGCAGCCUGGGCGCCAUCUUAUGCGGCCUGGCGGUGUGGGUGGGCCUGUGGGACCUCAUCGACUACGACAUCAUCCCCGCCCUCUUUGAUGCCUGCCACGACGACCGUCUGCCGUCGCUCGGCUGCUUGCUCGUGAAGCUGGUGCUCGGGAUUCUCGGCGCCGGCGGCCUCUUCGCCACCCGCUCCCUGUACGGCGACACACAAGUGAAGUCCGCCCAGUUUUCGCGAUUCGAGUGA